UCGCGGCCGCCACCGCCGGUCCCGUCCCUGUCUCUCCGCGGCCGCCCUCGCCGCCAGUCCCGGCUGGCUUGUCCCGAACGGUGGCCAUGGUGUUCCAGUGCCAGCGGGACAGCUGGGCCCGGCAGUUCACCACCAGGGUGGUGUCGUGCCGGGCGGCGGAGCUGCGGCCCGAGGGCGGCGGGGAGCCGGUGAGCGGGUUCCAGGUGGUGCUGGAGGACACCAUCCUGUUCCCCGAGGGCGGCGGGCAGCCGGACGAUCGCGGCCUCAUCGGAGAUGUGCCGGUGCUGCGGGUGACUCGCCGGGGCUCCGAGGCCGUGCAUUUCGUGCCGGCCGCGCUGGAACCGGGCGCUGAAGUGCUGCUGUCGCUGGACUGGGAGCGCCGCUUCGACCACAUGCAGCAGCAUUCAGGACAGCAUCUCAUCAGUGCCGUUGCAGAACAGAUGUUUGGAUUCAAGACGACUUCAUGGGAGCUGGGCCGUCAGCGAAGUGUCAUUGAGCUGGACACCCCCUUGGUGACAGCAGAGCAGGUCGAGGCCUUGGAGAAGAGUGUGAACGAGAAAAUCCGGGACAGGGUCCCUGUAACAGUGAGGGAACUGGCUGCAGAUGACCCUGAAGUUGAAACAGUGAGGAGCCGGGGGCUGCCCGAUGACCACGUAGGGCCAGUGCGUGUGGUGGACAUCAAAGGCAUUGACUCCAACCUGUGCUGUGGGACUCAUGUCAGCAACCUGAGUGACCUCCAGGUUAUUAAACUCCUUGGCGUGGAAAAAGGGAAAAAGAACAAAACCAACUUGGUUUUCUUGGCGGGAAACAGAGUGCUGAAGUCAAUUGAACAAAGUCACAGUACUGAGAAGGCUCUAACCUCCCUGCUCAAAAAUGGACCAGGUGAGCACGUAGAGGCUGUGAAGAGACUGCAAAGCUCUGUGAAACUGCUCCAGAAGAAUAAUCUGAACCUUCUUAGAGACAUUGCUGUUUUGAUAGCCCGGGACUUCAAGAAUAAACCUGCUCCAAAGCCACUAUUUGUGUUGCACAGGAAAGAGGGUGAUUCUGAAUUUAUGAACAUCAUUGCUAAUGAGAUUGGGACAGAGGAAACCCUGCUAUUCCUGACUGUGGGAGAUGAAAAAGAAGCAGGACUCUUCCUUCUAGCUGGACCUGUUGAAGCAGUUGAAAAUUUAGGUCCCAGGGUGGCAGAACUGCUGGGUGGGAAAGGAGCUGGGAAGCGCGGCCGCUUCCAGGGCAAGGCAGCCAAGAUGAGCCGGCGAGGAGAAGUGCAAGCUCUGCUCCAGGAAUUCGUUAGCCAUCAAAACCCUGGAGCAUAAGAAACAAUUCUUAAAAUAGGUUUGUCUUCCCUUUGUUUGCAUAGGCACCACUAACUCCCAGAGAAUAAAGACCUGAACCCAA